AAAAGAAAAAAAGAGGGGAAUCACAAGUAGUAAACUACCUGUAUUGUUUUCUUUGUUUGAUGGUAUAUACUCCAUAGAUUACAAUUUGGAUUUUACCUUAAAACAAUCUUACAACAAAAACAUCUACUAUCAAUCCAUCUGUGUGAAUGUGAUUCCCCGCGCAACACGCUUCUUUCCUCUCAUCCCCAUUUCUUUCAUCUUCCAUAAAGUUUCUUCCUUUAUUCCAGAUUUUUUUCUACUUCUUUUAGCUAUCAUUUCUUUCGUAUAUUUAUUUUAUUAUUAUAUAUAUUAUUUUCAUUUUCUUUUUGUCUUUUCUUGCCCACCUGAAACUACAACUUGGGUUCUUUUUUAAAUUUGAUUUUAUAAAAAGGGUUAAUUUUGUUUUUGGAUUCCUUGAAUUUUAUGAAUUUUGGGUGUUUUUGGAGUUGAUUCUUGAAGUUGCUUACUUCUAAUGUCUCCUUCGUUCAUUGUCUUGGAAAUGCAUUGAUUUUGUAUGGUGCGAGUUUCUGAGGUUCUUGACAUGGACAGCAAGGAGGCAUAGAUUUUGCAAAGAUCAAUAAGCUUCGGAAUUUGUAUUUGGAAGGUAACAAAGGAUUAUGCGUACAUAAAACAUUGUCUACAUAUAUACUCGUAUUAGUGUAUAUCUUUGUUGUGGUCGUUUGCGUGUGGUUGUACAAAGUAGUUAGACCAUGAUGCUUCAGUUAAGCUCUCUAUUUAGCAAAAUGGAUGCACUUACCACUUCUGAUCACGCUUCUGUGGUCUCGAUGAAUAUGUUCGUGGCACUUCUGUGUGGUUGUAUCGUAAUUGGCCAUCUCCUCGAGGAGAAUCGCUGGAUGAACGAGUCCAUUACCGCUUUAAUUAUAGGAUUAGCCACUGGAGUUGUGAUUCUGAUGAUUAGCGGAGGGAAAAGUUCACAUUUGUUGGUGUUCAGUGAAGAUCUUUUCUUCAUAUAUCUGCUUCCGCCGAUUAUAUUUAAUGCGGGUUUUCAAGUGAAAAAGAAGCAAUUCUUCCGGAACUUCAUUACUAUCAUAAUGUUUGGAGCCGUUGGAACAUUGGUAUCAUUCACCAUCAUAUCUUUAGGAGCAAUGACAUUCUUUAAGAACAUGGAUAUCGGUUCUCUAGAUUUGGCAGACUAUCUUGCUAUUGGUGCGAUAUUUGCUGCUACGGAUUCUGUUUGCACAUUACAGGUGCUUAAUCAGGACGAGACCCCUUUGCUCUACAGUCUCGUGUUUGGUGAGGGUGUCGUGAAUGAUGCCACAUCCGUGGUGCUUUUUAAUGCAAUUCAGAGCUUCGACCUUACAACUAUUGAUCACAGAAUUGCGUUCAAGUUUAUUGGCAAUUUUUUAUAUUUAUUUUUCACGAGCACUGUACUUGGUGCGAUGACUGGCUUGGUGAGUGCUUACAUUAUCAAAAAGUUGUACUUCGGAAGACAUUCCACUGAUCGGGAGGUUGCUUUAAUGAUGCUUAUGGCUUAUCUCUCGUACAUGCUUGCCGAACUCUUCUAUCUGAGUGGAAUUCUUACGGUAUUCUUCUGUGGGAUUGUCAUGUCCCAUUAUACAUGGCACAAUGUGACCGAGAGCUCGAGAGUGACCACCAAGCAUGCUUUUGCAACACUGUCUUUUGUUGCGGAGAUUUUCCUCUUUUUAUAUGUGGGUAUGGACGCAUUAGACAUUGAGAAGUGGCGAUUUGUGAGUGAUAGUCCUGGAACUUCUGUCGCAGUGAGUUCUAUAUUGCUGGGUCUAGUGAUGGCUGGACGAGCAGCUUUUGUUUUCCCCAUAUCCUUAUUAAUGAACUUCGUCAAGAAAUCUUCAAGCGAAAAGGUCACCUUCAACCAGCAGAUUGUCAUAUGGUGGGCUGGACUCAUGAGAGGUGCUGUCUCCAUGGCACUUGCUUAUAAUCAGUUUACGAGGGAGGGUUAUACACAGCUAAGGGGAAAUGCAAUCAUGAUUACGAGCACCAUAACUGUUGUCCUUUUCAGUACAAUAGUGUUCGGGUUACUGACGAAGCCACUUAUAUUACUUUUGCUGCCUCAAUCAAAGCAUUUUACUAGUGCCAGCACUAUAUCCGAUCUAGGGAGCCCCAAAUCAUAUACGUUGCCACUUCUUGACGGUCAACCUGUUUCUGACCUUGAUGUAGGCAACCAUGAUGAUGCAACUGAACGGAAUAUUCCUCGACCUGGUAGCCUGCGAAUGCUUCUAAAUUCACCUACUCACACUGUCCACUAUUACUGGCGCAAAUUCGAUGAUGCUAUUAUGCGCCCAGUAUUUGGUGGCCGAGGUUUUGUACCUUACGUCCCAGGCUCCCCCACCGAACAAAGCACGAAUAAUUUGCCAGAGAGAACAUAGGAGAUAGAAAACGAGGCAAUUGUUGUGAAAAGUACUAUAGCCAACAGGCAGUUUACAAUGUUGAGAUUGGCCGGACCAAGAAAAAUGUAGGUGUUAAGCGAGUUGCACUAUACUUUUGUGUAUAGAUGGUAGUCUACAGUUACACCGCGGAUUAGAUAGUCGAUGUUUAUCACCGAUAUAUGUUGAUUCGACGUAUUCUUUCAUCUGGUUGUAAUUAGAAUGCUCUAGCAUGUUUUGUAGUCCAAUAAUCGCGUUAGGUUUUUGCCCCGAUAAAUCGUUUUUUGCUUUCAAGCAGAUGAUUGGUGUAGAAUAAACUUCAACAGGAUAUGUUGCUGUAAAAUUAGCUGUGGUGUGUGUUUAUGUUAAUAAUUUUCUCAAAGGCUCGAGUCUCAAGUGUAGUU